AUGGAGAAGGAGGACGCGGCGGCCGCCAUGGACAACAUGCACAACGGCGAGCUGUACGGCCGCGUGCUCACCGUCAACAUCGCGCAGCCGCAGAAGAUCAAAGGCGGCGAGCAGGGCUGGGCCUCGCAACCAGUGUGGGCGGACGCAGACACAUGGUUUGAGCGUCAACAGCAAGAGGAGGAGAUUCAACGGUUAAGCAAGGAGCAGAAAGCUGCUGCUGCAGCUGCUGCCAAUGCUCCAAAGGGUGGCGCUGCUGCUGAUAGAAGCAUGGAGGAGGAAGAGGAGGGGGAUGCUGUGCCUGGUGCAGCUGAUCCUAUGGCUGCUGCUGAAGCUGAGGCCAUGAACAAGACAUGA